UCAGGGAUACUUAGCGAUGGCUGUAAACAUCUUGGAAAAGAUACCUUGAGCUUUGAUUUUCCAAAGAAAAAUGAGCCAAGAAAGGAUCCUGUGACACUGUAAGAGGAUCCUGUAGAAGAAUCCUCAAAAGGAUCUUGGCAAGCAUCAGGAACAUCCCAAAAGGUAUCCUGGAUCGUCAGCGCUUGUGGUACCAGUUUGUUUUAGCUAAAGAAAGUAUCCUUCAGUUUUGCCAGCUAAUGAGAAAGAAAGAUCUGUUCGCCAAAUCCAAACCAACACGAACAUGACGACAUGACGACUACUUUUCGCAAACAUGAUCCUCUAUUCCUCCUGUCAGCGAUUCAAACGUUCGCACUGACGGUUCCCAGCCUGAUCCUGUGCUUUCUGGGAAUGUUGGACCAAGACGCAAUGCUACCUAUAUUUUUUGGCCCCGAGGACUUUGCGCUGCUGACCACACCAGGAUUGACCAAGAACCUGUUUGAACUAUCACUCAACGCGAUUGCCUGGUAUUCCAUUGGUUAUUAUCGCAUCUAUCAGGGUGGUGCUCAUCAACAUCCUCUGCUGGUUUUGUUGGGAGGAUCGGGGAAAACGGUGGCUGCGAUUUUGUUUGCUCGAAAUUAUCUACGAGGCGAAGCAUCUCUAUUGAUGCUUCUGGCAGCAUCCGUGCCGGAUGUGCUUCUAGGACUGUACAUGAUCCAUGUAUGGGUCAACCAGCUGGGGUGCAGUAUGAUACCACUCAGAGACACGAAGGAUGAAUAACUUGGAAAUUUCUUGAAGAAACCGACGCAAGGGGGGAAAACUGAACGUCUAUUAACGGAUUCAGACAAGAUGUGCUUCAGGACGACCCACGAGCCGAGGCCCGGGUAUUUCCCUGCUCACCGGCCACACUGCCUCCUGAGAGGGUGCGACGCCUAUUAGCUAUCUAAGGGUUUGUACACUGAGGUCGGAGCCAUGAUUAUUGAAGAAACCGACGCAAGGGGUGCUUCAAACAAGAUAUUUGGACGGACGGAUGC